GCUCUGGAAAUUGUGAUAGUACCUGUUCGAUUUGUUAAGGAGACGAUCUCCCUGUUCAUAUGUUACAGGAUCAGAAUGUUCGUGAGGAACAGUCACCAAAACAACCAGAACAAAAUAAUGAAAUUCAGAAGGCAGGAAAGUCAGAUAAGUGGAAGAAAGCACUGUUUGCCUUCUGUUUCCUUACAAUAACAACCCAGUACUUCUUUUUCACCAUGCCUCUAGCGUUUUUGGUCAAUGAACUUAUUGAGGUUUGGAAACACAACAAGAUAACGUCCGGGAGCAUUGUUGGCGCAUUCUCCUUCUCCCUAGCCGGUGCUGCAUUGCUCUCCAAUAGAUUCACCAGAUGUAUCCAGCCUAGGCAGACCUUACUUCUCACAGUCAUUGUGUUGACACUAUCUGCUCCCAUAUUUUUCGUCAAGUUUGACAAAACAGCCUUUGUCAUUGUUCUGUUCAUCACAAGAAUGAUACAGGGUUUUGUCAUUGGGUUAUGUGAGCCUCAGCUUAUGUCAGUUAUGACAUCAUUGUAUCCAGAGAGGCUAGGAUUCGUGACCGGAUCUUUUGAGCUUGCAGCUAGCAUAUCAUCUACAGUGGGCCCUUUUUUGGGCGGCUUUAUCUAUCAAAAUCAUGGUUUUGCAGUCGCCUCCACAAUUCCAUGUGUAUUCAACCUAUUUGCUAGCAUUGGAGGACUGAUACUCUUGAGUCCUAGUGUGAUGUUUGAUCAACCAGACUUCGAUUCAGAAGACAGUCAACCUACCAGAACAGAUCAAGAACGAACAACAAUUGCAUCACUGUUCAUCCUGCCAGUUGUUCUUCUAGGGAUGUUCUCAGAGACUCUAGUAUCCAUGAUUGUGAACACAAUAGAGUUCUUCUACCCUAACUUUUACAGCGUGAUAUUUAACAAACAAGAAGGUUAUGUUGGUGCUGUUCUUGCCAUAGCAGGACUAAUGUAUUGCAUAGCAACUGUAACAGCAGGAAUGUUAGUAGACAAAGAAGUUCCGAGGAAGACAAUGAUAUUCAGUGGCAUGGCUAUGAUGAUAUGUGGCUGUUUAGCGAUUGACCAGGAGUUUAUAAAAAGCAGUGCAGUUUGGGCAGCAAUUAUGCUAUCAGUUAUUGACUUCGGCAGUGGCUUGACUCAGAUCGGUAUUCUACCUUGCUUGAUAGUUCAGUAUCAGUACAUUACGCAUGUUUCAAGGGAAACUAGCUCCUGUCAAAUGAGUGGACUCUUUCGAGCGGCUUACUUCACAGGGGCAUUCUUUGGGCCCGUUAUUGGAGGAUUUAUGUUGGAAUUCAUGAGCUACCAAAAUGCCUACAUUGUUCUCGCUGGUGUACUUCUAGCGAAUUUAGCAAUUUUGGCUGCAGUUGAAUUAAUAUUCCCACAUACAAUAGAAAUUCCAUCAGGCAGACAGGGAUCUUAUGAAAAUUUAGAUUCAGUCAAUUCAGAUUAGCUAAGGGAAAUUUCUCAUGUUUUUUUUUUUUUUUUUAUGCCUAGCUACAGUGUGGAAAAGACAUUUCUAAACCCCACAACUCUACCUCCCACUGGUCCAUACGCAGCUAAAAAACAUGUGAACAAUCCCUUACCCAUUAAUUUAUUUGCUGACAUGUGUUCUGUUACAAUGUUUUAAAUUGAUUCUACAAUUAUCUGUUAAUUCACCCGUCUAAAUUUAAAGGUUGUCAGAAAUGUGGCAUAAUGCAAUGUUAAGAGAUUGAAUGUACCUCCUGAGCCGGUACUCAUUUCCUCUCUGAGCUAGCUAGUGUAUAUCAGUUUCUUGUUGGUGUUUUGUCUGUGUUUGUUUGUCCGUAGUAGGAAUUUACUGUAACUUUGGAGACUGGGCGCAGUAAUGUCCCAGAGGGUUUGUAACAUCAUGGAUGCUGACUAAGCUUACCUGAUCCUCUCCAACUUGUAUUAGUACACUACUUCAUUCACACCAGUCAUUUCACUACAUUAAACUGAUUGAGGUUAUGCCCUUUGUACAUGCUGAAGCGAUAUGCUAUGAUGAGUGGAAUAUGAGUUAGGAUCAGUUUGGUCCGUUUCAUGGCAAAAACAUUUAUUGAGAUUGAAUGUAAAGUGAUUCUGAGUAGACAACC